AGCCAGCCAAUAGCUGAGACUGCUCCCCACACUCCACCCUCACUGACCCUCUGUGACUGUCCACUCAGUCUGCCCUGAAGCUGCCUAGUGACCAAGAACUUGGACCAGAUUUGGACGCAGCUGACAUCGCUGCCCAGAUGGCCUCCAGGCUGACCCCACUGACCCUCCUGCUGCUGCUGCUGCUGGCUGGGGAUAGAGCCUUCUCAGAUUCCGAAGCUACCAGCCACAGCAUCCAGGAUCCACUGGUGGCUCAAGAGGAAAGCAGAGACAGCUUCCCUGAAAGAAAUGGCUCCCAGAGUCCCACUGAGUCAACAACCAGUGGGGUCACCAAAGUAACAAAUGACACCAUGGAUAAAAUAGCCGAGGCCUUCGUCCAGCACAUCCAACCAGCUGCUCAGUUACCCACCGAGCCUCCCAGCCAGCCCCCUGUGAAUUCUUCCAGCCAGUCCCCUGUGAAUUCUUCCAGCCAGCCCCCUGUGAAUUCUUCCAGCCAGUCCCCUGUGAAUUCUUCCAGCCAGCCCCCUGUGAAUUCUUCCAGCCAGCCCUCCACAACGUCAGAUGCUCCCAUCCAGGUUCCUACUGAACCCUUCUGCCCAGAGCCACUUGCUCAGUGCUCUGAUUCAGACAGAGACUCCUCAGAGGCUACGCUGGUGGAGGCUUUGACAGAUUUCUCAGUGAAGCUCUACCAUGCCUUCUCAGCUACAAAGAAGGCUGAGACCAACAUGGCCUUUUCCCCGUUCAGCAUUGCCAGCCUACUCACACAGGUCCUUCUUGGUGCUGGAAACAGCACCAAGAGCAACCUGGAGAGCGUCCUUUCCUACCCCAAGGACUUUGCCUGCGUCCACCAAGCACUAAAGGCCUUUUCAUCCAAAGGUGUCACUUCUGUGUCUCAGAUUUUCCAUAGCCCAGAUCUGGCCAUAAGGGACACUUAUGUGAAUGCCUCUCAGAGCCUGUAUGGAAGCAGCCCCAGAGUCCUGGGCCCAGACAGUGACGCUAACUUAGAACUCAUCAACACCUGGGUGGCUGAGCACACCAACCACAAGAUCACUGAGCUGCUGGACAGCCUGCCCUCCGACACCCGCCUCGUCCUUCUCAAUGCCGUCUACUUGAGUGCCAAGUGGAAGAAAGCAUUUGAGCAAAAAAAGACGAUGGCGCCUUUCCUCUACAAGAACUCUUUGAUUAAAGUACCCAUGAUUAGUAGCAAAAAGUACCCUGUGGCUCAUUUCAUUGACCAGACUUUGAAGGCCAAGGUGGGACAGCUGCAGCUCUCUCACAACCUGAGCUUCGUGAUCAUGGUACCCCAGAGCCCGAAGCACCCGCUUAAAGCCAUGGAAGAGGAGCUCAACCCCACUGUCUUCAAGGCCGUCAUGAAGAAGCUGGAGCUGUCUAAAUUCCAGCCCACUUACCUGACGAUGCCGCGUAUCAAAGUGAAGAGCAGCCAAGACAUGCUGUCCAUCAUGGAGAGACUGGAAUUCUUUGACUUCACGUAUGAUCUCAACCUGUGUGGGCUGACUGAAGACCCAGAUCUUCAGGUGUCUUCCAUGAAACACGAGACGGUGCUGGAACUGACAGAGAAAGGCGUGGAAGCAUCUGCAGCCUCCGCCAUCUCCGUGGCCCGAAACUUACUCAUCUUUGAGGUGCAGCAACCGUUCCUCUUCCUGCUCUGGGACCAGCAACACAAGUUCCCAGUCUUCAUGGGUCGUAUAUACGACCCCAGGGGUUGAGACAGGCAGGAGACAGGCUUGCGUAAACACUGCCAUCUAAGCCUCAGUUCGUCCGGUUAUUUCCUUGCUACCGCGUCCUCUAGCCGCUUCCAGCCUUAGGAAGUGGCAGACCGAACUGUUUCUAUUCACCAACCCCCAGGGUAUCAAAAAAAAUUUGAUGCACUUUUUUGCAGCUUUUAUGGUUCAAGCUUAUCAAACUCUACAAAUAAAACUUGCAGAUAUUUUCUUCUCUCA